CUGUGUGGUAGACUAUUGGAGGAGGAGCAGGAUCGUGUUAACUGUGAGUCUUCUGAUUGGAAGAACCAGCCAGACUGGAGCAUGCAACAACAAGGCCGGCUCAGGCUGAGGCCGUGGCUGGAGGAACAGAUUCAGUCUGGGAGGUAUCCAGGAGUCAGCUGGCUGGACCAGUCAGCACGAAUCUUCCAGAUCCCAUGGAAACAUGCCGCUCGCCAUGGUUGGAGUAUUGAGCGAGAUGCUACCCUUUUCCGGAGCUGGGCCAUGCAUACAGGACGGUACCAUCCAGGCAAAGAUAAGCCAGAUCCAAAGACAUGGAAAGCAAAUUUCCGCUGUGCCUUGAAUUCUCUGCCUGACAUCUGUGAGCUGCGAGAGCACAGCAAAAAGAGAGGCAGUAAUGCCUACAGAGUCUACAGGAUGCUGCCCAGCUCACAAACACAGAAACGCAGAAGAGGGCUGCGGUUAUUCGACCGAUCCAGAGAAAGACAGACCAGUUUAGGUGAAUGCACAUCUAAUGACAUGCACAACACACAGAUUUGGCAACCCACAACAACAAGGCCCAUUACAGACAUACCACAGAAGGUGGAAGCUGUUGCAGAGAACACAUUUACCAGCAUUCAAAGACAGGGGAUGUGGGACGCCAAACCAGUGGACCAGGAACAGAGUGAGGCCGUCUUUAAGCUGAUGGAUCACUUAAACAACACUGAGCUCUGGAACCAGACCGGGGAGCAGAGAGGAUGGAGAACACACAAUCUCUGGAACCACUGGCACUGUCCUGGAGAUGAUAACUCAUAUCCUCUGCACUCAGAGAACUGCAGCGAUCUAUUUGGUCCAAACUACAUCAAGGAACUUUCCGACUGGUCCACACAUCAGCAACCACUGAUGCCAUAGCUGUGCACCCAAGAACUCCAUCUACCUUCUCUUUGUGUUUACUUUGUGUGUUUUUUCUUUUAAGCUUUCUUGCUAACCUUCAUCCGUUUCCCUCUUAUUGUUUUUCUGAUAAGCUAAUUGCAGGAAAUAGGAGAAAUGCGAGAGGGCAGGGAACAUUGCUCUGUCAUCCUCUCUGCUGAGCAUGCUGGGAUGAAGAUCCAGUUCCAAGCCAAGCUUUACCUCUGUCAACAUUACUUAUGUUUAGAUUUAGUGCCUAACACUCACAGAAAUGACCCCAAGCUCGCAGAUCUCAUUUCAUCGCAGUGCAGGAUCAGUUUCUGUUCGCCCGUUUCAGUGAGCUUGACUGGAUGUUUAGCCAGUAAAUGAAGAGCAAAGAAUAAACAAAGAACAAAGAAUAACAAUUUGUAGGUUUGUGUUUGUGAGUGGAGUUCAAAUCUCACUUUACCUGCAUUCACAGAAAGCUGACCCAAUCUACAAUACGGUGUAUUCUAUAUCCUUGUCCAUUUGUAAUAUGUGUGCGACUUCUACAUUUGUAAAUUAAUUUUACCUUUUGAAAAAAAACUUUCCAACAUGAAAUACAAGUUUGUU